GAAAGAGUUGGUGCAUCACAAAUGGUUUGGGAAGUUAAAUUCAUAAUUUGAUUGAUCAUAAUGGAAUUACAUAUUUAGAAUAUAUUUCUGUACGUGUUUGCACUGUUAAAAAGUUAGAGUUAUUUCUCAAAUUGUAAUGAACAAUUCAUUCGCUACGGACUUUUAAAUAGAUAUCUUAAGAGGUUAUAAUAACGGAUUUGACUAAUGUAAAGAAUAGCUUCAAAUCCGCAGUUUACGUCUAAAUAUUUUGAAUAUAUACAGGUCUGAGUUUGACUUAUAUUACAAAUAUUAAAUUUUAGUUUCUAUUUAACCUACAUGUACUAUGGAAUAUGUGGCGAUACGGAUAUGUAUUAUUUUUCUUUGACAGUGACAUAUUUCGAACUUUUCAGCUGUUAAAGGGGUUAGGUGUAAUUUCGAUUUUGACCACGCUAGAUACGCCUGUGCAAUUUUCUAGUUUCGUUUUCAAUUCUUUGAAAAUCAUGUUUUCAAGUAUGAUUUCUUGAAAAUAGGAAAUGUUACACCGCAAAAUCACAAAUCGGGACUAUUCGGAAAGUUAUUAAAAAUGGAAACGAUCAAUUUGCAGCUUUACUCGUUUUGAAAUGAAAUUUAAUGGAGAUAGAAUUAGUCUAGGAAGAAUGGCAAUGAAUGGGUUGUAUCAAAGAACAAAUGCAAUGGAACAUGAGCAGAAAAUCGCAUCGUAUAAGAUUUCUUAGAUACAGCAAUCCCAACCAAGUCAAGAUCUAACUGUCCUCUCACCACUCGCCAGUUCCUUAAUAUUUGCUGGAUAUCCUUGUUGAUAAACACUUGAAAUCAAAUACUUGUCUGCUGUAUUCCCUUGAUGGCGACUUCAAAAGAAAUCGGAAAAACGAAAGUAGCAUUAGAGAUAUAUUGUGAUCCAUGUAAGACUGAGGAUGAACAUGUAUUAUCUACUGCCGUAAGUUACUGCCGAUACUGCAACGAAUAUUUGUGCCAGACUUGCCACAAUGUUCAUAAACGAUUAAAGGCAACAAAAACUCAUUUGGUUAAACUACAGGAUGAAAUGCCUUUAGAACGUAUGUCAAACACAACAGACACGGAUCCGCCAGAAAAAUGCCUAGCUCACGGGGAUCAAGUGAUUGAUAAUUAUUGCGUAACACACGAAGAGCUUUGCUGCCUGCAAUGCUUAGCUACAAAUCAUAAGACCUGUGAAGAUGUUCGAAAUAUUAAAGAUUAUCUUUAUACUUUCGACUUUCAACAAGAGGAAAACCAAAUAGAAUGUAAAAUGCGACAACUAGCCGACGAAGUGGAUAAAAUAAUGUACCGUGUCAAUUCAAGCCUAAAAGCCGUUGACUAUUACCAUAGUAAAGCUCAAUCUGAAAUGUUAAAUGUGAAACAUUCUGCAAUUCAUCAUAUAGAAAGUCUAUAUAAAGAACUUGUUAAAGAAGUAAACAGAAUGAGAGAAGAAGAUUUGAAAAGAAUCAUGCAGUAUAAACAUAAAUGCGAUGCUAUAACAUUUGACAUGAGAACAAUAGGUUCUUACUUAAGCGGAAAGAAGAAAUCCAGUGGAAACCAAUUAUUUUUUGCAAUGAAAAAUAUCGAUGUGAAGAUUAAGUCAAAUUUACGGGAUUUGACGAAAGUAAAAUGUAUUGAACAUUAUAAUAUUACUAGAUAUCUUUUUAAGCCGGAUGGUAAACUAGAUAACCUGAAGUCUCAACUAAGUAGUUUUUGGUCAAUACAAUCAGAUUCUAAUGUAAUAAAAUCAGCUUCAAAAGUUAGAAGUUUGUACGUCAAAGACGACGACGAUGAGGAAAACUGCUGCAUAACAGGAAUUGCAUUAUUAGCAAAAGCACGUAUUGUUUUGGCUGAUAAUAACAAUUUGAAAUUGAAAUUAUUUCAUAUGGAAGAAGAUAAGUUAGUGUCAAAAAUAGAAUAUGAAUCAGCACCAUGGGAUGUUACAUGUGUUUCCAAUAGUCGAAUAGCUGUUACAUUCCCAGACCUGGAAAUAGUUGAGUUACUAUCUAUCGAUGGUACUUCCGAAUUAACUAGAGAACAAGACAAUUGUCGUAUAACAUGCUCAGGAAAAUGCUAUGGGAUAACCAGUUCUAAUGAUACGGUCAUUGUUACCGUCAAGACAGAUGAUGAGACAAGAAAAAUUGAGCGGUAUAAGUUAGAUGGUUCAUUACUGUUAUCGGUUGAUGUCGAUGUCAGAAAUCCGCAAUAUGUUGUCUGUUAUGAGGAUGAAGCAAGGACAUAUAUUUCAGAUAACACUGAAAAUGAAUAUAUUGUAGAAGUAUCAAGUGAUAACUUCACAACGCUUGGUAAAUUUAAUUCAUGUAGAGAUGAAGUAACAGGCAUGACGAUAGACAAAACAGGUCUUCUGUACUAUUGUGAUUCAUACUACCAUGAAAUAGAUUUAGUCAACUUAAACAAAGAGCAAGCUGAUGAAAGAAAACGAUAUGAGCUAAUUUCGGACAAAGAACCUAGCCCAAAAUGCUUAGCAUUUUGUAAUGAUACCAAACAACUAUUUGUUGGUUUGGAUGGAAAUGAGAUAAAGAUAUACUCUGUGUUUUAAUAAAAUGCUUCCAAGGUACCGGUAUUUGUCCACUCUAAUGAUAAUUUAACUGGGGUGUUAAGUUUACCUUAACUAUUUUGAUAGUUAAAGUGGAGUUAUACUAGUAUCUCCCCUGUUGUUCAUAUUGUUCAUUCAUGAUAGGUAAUAAAAAAAAUUGAUAGCCAUGCAGGCGUAAUAUCUGUAAAUGAAUUUCAAGUUUUGUUACUUUUGGCUGAUGAAACAGUUUUAUUUUCAUAAACUGUAGACGGACUAACGACAUGCUAAUUGUUCAAAAUGGAAUAUAUCUUUGAAUAGAUGUAAUAUGUAAAUUGAGUAAUAGACAAGAACACAUUGGUGUAUAAUAUGAUAUGAUAGUACACAAAUACUUUUAGUAAAUUUUUGUUAUGUGCUCGUUACUUUGAUUGCUAAUGACAAAUUUUUAGUGUUCAUAAGGCUUUAUUCAAACAAGUUUUGAAUACAGUUUAGAUCAAAAUUCUUUGUUUGAUAUUGUUUCAAUUGGUAUAUGUAAAAUCUUUAGUAAUUUGAUUAACAAAGCCCCGCAUAUAAGUUAUAUUAUUUUUUUUUUUUUAAUUUUGAAUAUUAAUUGCUAGACAAAAAAUUCAACUGUCUAAUCAAUCUAUGGCUAGCUUGGUGCCUCUUGAUAUUUCUGCAAGUUUAUUUGGUCUCCUGCCACAUAAAUACACAUAUGUCUUAUGUAUGAUAAGCUGAACUUGGCUCAGGGCCCUUAGUGUGAAAGAUGAUAUGUGUUUAAAUUGUUUAUGGAAUGAUUUGUCCGAAGGUAAACUUAUGACUGACCUUCAAGUAAUUAUGUGUAUUUUUCAAUUUAGUUUAAUCAUAUAUGUGUGCGUGUGCGUGCGUGCGUGUGUGAAAUUAUAUGUAUAUAAUUUGAAAAUAAUAAAUAAUUAUACAUAACUACAUUAAUAUAAAUAUACAAGGAUGGGACUGAAAGUUAUAAAAACAUUAUUGAGCGCCCUCCUGACUGUUAUGUUAUUAAUAUUUAAAAAUAGAUGUUGAAAAAGUAAAGCAAGAGAACGCCUGUAUAGUCAGUAUUGUCACAUUCUUUCGCACUUUAGAUACUAUGCCCAAACUUAAGUUAUAAUAUUAAAUAAAGGUUCUUAUAUUGAAAACUAUUUGUUGUAUGUUAAUGUCAAUAAUCACUAAUAGGAUUUAGACGAUCUGCUCAUAAACUUGCAUUUGAAGAAUGAAAUUUAUUGUACGUUGAUAGGAAUAAUUAGAAAUGAAUGUUUUUUUAGAUAAAUAUUAUUUUUGUACUUCUCUGUCCAUUGUAUCUAUUGUCUCCAAAUAUUACACUGACCUUGACCAACUAUUUAGACAUUUCUAUCACUGUUCACUUGCAGCCAUAUGAGUGGUAAAGCAUAAUGUAAACAGCUGUUUUGUCAUCCUUGUAUUAUAAUCUUUGUUUUGCAUUUAUUUGUGAACAAGUUAAGAAGAAAAUUGUUAUUUUCCAUAGUUUUGAAAUUAUGAUAUACAGUUACUUUGUUGGAGAAGCACAUAAAAAGCAGUAUAUGAAAGUACAGGCUUAUAAAUUAAGGUGUAUGAAAUGAAUAAUUUCAAAGUAAAUAUGAGAUGAUUUAUAUUACAUAAUAUUUAAAUGUUAGGUAUUUUUUCUUCUUAAUGACUUAUUGGAGGCCGAUGUGUUCAGAUAUUGGUAGACAUACUUAAGGAAUGUUUAUAUAUGUUUGUAUAUUUCCAUCCUUUUCUCAACUCUUAUAUAACCACCGUCAUCAUGUAUUUAUUUAUAUACUGAAAAAAUAAUGAAUUGAUGUAAUUUGCUUGUUAUGUUUUGGCACUUUAUUAGAACAAAACAAUAGAAGAAAAAUAUAUAAGGAUAGUUUUAAAUUUCACCUUAACAAAAUUACGUUUCUUAAACCAGUACAAGUGAUGGGGAGCGGUGGCCUAGUAGUUAAGGUGUUUGCCUCUCAACCCAGGGAUCAUGGGUUCGAGCCCUAAUCGGGUCACGACCAUGUAUCUUCAUAUGAUACCAGUACUGGUUGUUUCCAGGAAGCAGACUCGAGAGUGAUUAAUAUAAGUUGCAACAACUAGUUUCGCAAUCGAGUUCAAAUAAAUAUGUUGAAACCAAUAAAGUAUUUGAUUGCAGAUGUAACAAAGACAUAGCUGAAUGAUAAAGAUGUUUAUACAAUUAAAAUAACAACCAAUUAGCUACUAAGUGCGAUUUGAAUAACACAUAUAUGUUAUUAAUGUUCAAUGAAAGUGAAAUUGCAAAGAACUGCUGGUAAAAAUCCGACAACAUUCAAACGAUAAUCAUUUUCUGUUGUAAAAAUGCACAGAGGGGUCAUGUUAUAACACAAAUACAAUGUUUUCAGAUUUAUAGGUAUAUAAUAACUAGGCUACUUUAUGAUAAUGUUAUCUGUAGAAUUUUUAAAUCUUCAAACAUUCAGUAGCGUAUUCUAAAUAAAAGCGUUUGCUUUACACAACAUAAUUUCAUUCCUUUUGAAUAAUUGUUAACACAAUUAAGUUUGCUAAUGAUUAAGAAGCAUUGCUCAUUGACUAGCAUAUAAAUAUAAUGAAGUUCUCAUUUCAUUUGAAUAUCUUUAAUAUUUAUUCAUAUGCAUAAUAAGUUUUGUAAAUAUUCUUUAGUGAAUUUAGAAAAAGCGACACACGUAAGUUCAUUUUCAAAUGAAAGUUGUUUGUUAGUAUGCGCAAAAAAUAUCCGUACUUCAAAAGCUUUGUUUUAGAUUUUUUUUCACAUAAUAUGUACAUUUCUGCUUUAAAUACUCUAGAAUGAUACGAUUUGUCCUUGUUAUAUAGUUGAUUUAUGCCAUUUUGUUGUUUUCCCCUUAUUUUAUGUAUUUGUCUAGCAAAAGAAAUAUUUAACAUUUGUAUGUACAUAUAAACAAUUUUUGAAUAUGA